CUGUCGUGCUUGUCUCACCGUUGACGAUUCUGUUUGCGUAUUAGCUUGCGCGGUUCACAACUACCUCAGGUACAUUGCCUGACUAACUAACAGUGACGUAAUAUUGACGCAGUUGUCUAAUUAUAGCACUGCGUCCGGAACCCCGACCCGGAGCUCCCGGAGCUCGAGGCGUGCGUGGGUAGUUGUCCGAUGAGUUCCGAGUAUUGGCGGGUAACUUCUGGUUGUCAGAGUGGCGACAAUCGGCGCAAGAUCUUGGUUUACUUCAUCAAAAACCGUCGACAUGGAUCCGGACAAGACUGCUGAUACAUUUAUCAGCUCUAUUGACCCGGGACUAUUGCCUUAUAAAAAAGAACUCUUUAGAUUAGCCGUUACGAGUAUGCAGACUUUGAAAUUCCUCCGGCCAUGGGAGGUUAGAGGUAUGGAUAUUCCGGAUGUGUACAAACGCAUGCUUAUCAGCAAAAUUCUGAAUCUACAGACCCCCGAAACUAAACUAAAAAUGAAAGAUGAAAUUGACACUCGGAGUCCCAAAGUGAAACAGCCUAAAAAGUUGCAUUUUUCAAAGAAAAUUAACGAUCGCAUGCAUGAUGAUAACCCGGCGACGGAGACUGACAUGGCCGCCAUAUCGGGCAUGGACCCAUCUGAUGGAGAAUGCACACCUGCCAAAAAACCAUUUAUCGACUCUGAAAUCGGCAAAUUAGAGGACGAGAGAGAGACGUUCACUAUUUUACUUGUUCACAAAAAAAAUGAACUGAAAGACAUGCGGACACCUCCAAUAGAACCACUGACACCAUUACCAGCCCAUGGAGGGGUACUUACGAAAACAAUGUGUGAUAGAUGUCAUCGACGAGGCCACAAGGCACACGGCAACAGGGGAGGGGAGUCGUGUCCAUACGAUAUUUGUGAGGGUUUCAAGCAUUGCGGUAACCUCCACAAACACAAGGAAUACAAACAAGCCAUUAUGGAGAUGGAAAAAGAAAUUGGUAAUUUGGAGAAAGAACUACAUAGCAAUGAGGACAGAAUAAAGAGCCUGAAAACUUUCCUCGAGACCAAUACAACAAAUUUUGUCCGGCAAGUUCGACCUCAACUGCAGUUGAAAAAGAAGUAUAUCGGAAAGGAAGGCUUGCAGAAAUUGCUUAAAGAUGUUCGAUUUCUUAAAAUUGCCACAAAUGGCAAAAUACCGCCAAAUUUGCACAGCAUGUCUGCUGAAGAACUUGACGAUUUAAUAGCUAAAGGCAAAAUGCAAGUAUCAUCAAAAUUUGAGGUAAAAGAUGUCUCCACAGAAGGUACCACUCCGCAGCUGCAGCUCCCAUCUCAAGCAGGCACCCCCCAUCAAUGGCAGUGUACACCUCAACAGCCAACGACAGUAGGUUCACAGCCUAUACAUUCGAUGUGGCCGGCCAUAUAUCCAUAUUCUCCAAUAAGUUUGAACACUCCAGUAAGUCCAUACAGCAGUGCUAUGUAUGAUGUAUAUGGUGGAUCUCCGCAGUUUUCUACACCAUAUCAUGGUUAUAUAAAUAACAUGUGGUGUCCUCGUCCCUACGGGAGCAGCAGUACUGUGUCAACACCCCCACCAGAAUUGGAAAUAUUCCCUCCAUUACCCAAAGAAAACCCACGUGCACCAAGUCCAUUGCCUCCACUGCCCGAGGGAGGAACAUCACCUCCAUCCUCACCUGUGCAUGUACAUUUAUCUUGAUGAACUGAACAAAAACCUGUUAUUCCCCACUUGUGUUCAACAUCCUGGUCGGAUAUGUAAUACUCGGGACAUGGUUCAAUUGUUUUGAUUCUUAUAAUUUUAACUUGUAUCAGUAAUACAGCAAAACUUUUUCAUAGUUAAAUAAAUGCGUGUUGUUGAAGACAUUUUACAACUGACUGUAAAACAAGGUAUAAACAGUUCACAUCAGAAAUAUUCAUUAACUUUGAAAGUUGAUUUUAUCUGUUGAUAUUUUGGUUGAUAAUAUGUACCAAAUUGGUUACAUUCAAGUGAUGUUCAACACUGAUUAAAUUUAAAAAUGAUUCACUGUAAUGAAAAGAUUUUCUCUUAUGUAUGAAUCUAUGAGGGGCUUCAAUAUUGAAAUGAUGUUGAAUCAUCAUUCAAGGCUUUCAUUUCAAUCUCACCAGCCCAAAUGGCAAGUGAUCUUAUGCCAUGGCGCGGCAAUUUGUUUUGCAUUAUUUAUAACGGCGUUUUGAGUCGGUUAACUAUGGUAUUUAUUUAAGGAUAGUGGCACAGCGUCCGUCAUCAGUCUGUCAACUAUUCAAAUGACUUCUGAAGAACCAGUAGCCUGAGUAGGUGUAGGAUCAUGAUUUGUUGCCUGUACUUAUAAGUAGCCUGAAGCUCUACAAAGUUGGAGAAAGUAAAUGACCUUGACCUAUUUUCAAGGUCACUGGUGUCAAAUUAUCAAACAACAUCCAAAAAGCAUAGAAUUGCAAUAGGUGAUGUGUUAUACAUGAACCUUCGAAUUCCUUGGAAGAAGUCCACAGUCCAAGGACAUAUAGUUGUCAAAUAAAUUUGACCUUGACCCACUUUUUAAAUCACAAUUUAAAAUGUGUUUGAAUGACAGGUGAGCGAUUCAGGCCUAUUGGGGCUCUUGUCAUUG